AUGCUUCGCCGAUGUGCUAUAUACAUACAUCGCGAGCACACUCCACUCUCUGGGAAUUUGAACUUUGUAUUUUGUUAAUCUUAUCGCGCAAAACUCGUUACGCGUCGCCUAAUGUAUCAUUGCGUCUACUAUGCUGCAUUACAGCAACAAUUGACCAAAUUCACGUAACUGCUUGAAUAAAAAAAAGCCUCGUAAAAGUGAGAUUAGUGCAGAUAAUUUUUUCGUUAUUCGAGCUACAUUCCCAGAACAAAAACGAAACCGAAUUAAAACCCGUUUAGGAGGCUAUUAUUAAUAGCCCAAUAAAUAUUCAAGCCAUUGUCGAUUACGUGCGGGGGAAGCAAAAAUCACAAAGAAAAAAAGGAGAGCCCACACAGCAACGGUUUUGUUAGAGAGGUUAGGUAGGUGCAGUACACUCGCGUAUGGCGCACGCUCCGCUAUAAAAGUAGAGGCAAGGUCACCUCCAAAUACAUACUUAGACGCCGGAGCAGUGUCAGGAAGAGUUAGUCGUGCCGGGCGCUUCGACCUGAAAACGUCAUACGUAUCGGGAGAUACACGCAGUCUCUGAGCAGUGACAUUUGUUUUCUUCAAUCAGCUAAAUAAAAUAAAAGACACGAUGGCAUCCGUGAAGGAGGGACUUCUUACAGCAGUUACAGAGCCGGCAACAACAGGCCGCAAUAAAGUUACGGUCGUCGGCGUCGGCCAAGUCGGAAUGGCCUGCGCCUUCAGCAUCCUAACAAACCACGUCUCGAGUGACCUGGUUCUGAUCGACGUGAUGGCGGACAAGCUCAAGGGCGAGAUGAUGGACCUGCAGCACGGAAGCGCCUUCCUCAAGAACGCCAAGAUCAACGCAAGCACCGACUACGCGGCCUCGGCCAACUCGAGCAUCUGCAUCGUCACGGCCGGAGCUCGUCAGCGCGAGGGCGAGACCAGACUCGACCUGGUCCAGAGGAACACCGACAUCUUCAAGGGCAUCAUUCCGCAGCUGGUCAAGUACAGCCCCAACACGAUCCUCAUAAUCGUGUCCAACCCCGUGGACAUCCUGACCUACGUCGCGUGGAAGCUGUCGGGUCUGCCGAAGAACCGAGUCAUCGGCAGCGGAACCAACCUGGAUUCCGCCAGGUUUAGGUUUUUGCUGUCCCAGAGGCUCAGCGUUGCUCCCACGAGUUGUCACGGAUGGGUCAUUGGCGAACACGGGGAUACGAGUGUUCCGGUGUGGUCUGGCGUCAACGUGGCCGGAGUGAGGCUGCGCGAUGUGAACGAGGACGUCGGCACCGACGCCGACAAGGAGGGCUGGAACGAGCUCCACAAACAGGUCGUCCAGAGCGCCUACGAGGUCAUCAAGCUCAAGGGAUACACCUCCUGGGCCAUCGGUCUCAGCGUCUCCCACCUCGCCUCGGCUAUUCUGCGCAACUCCAACCAGGUCCACGCUGUUUCCACCAUGGUUGCCGGUCAACAUGGAAUCAAGAAGGAAGUGUUCCUGUCCCUGCCCUGCACGCUCGGAGCUGAAGGAAUCGCCUACAUCGUCAAACAGAAGCUGACGGAAAAGGAGCUCGAGCUUCUGAACAAGUCCGCGGACACGAUGGAUGAGGUUCAGCAGGGCCUCAAGUUCUAGUAGUUUUUAGCCGAUUUAUUACUGUAUUUAUUAUUAUACGCAACCAUGUCAUCCUUAUUUAUGUGUAAGCAUGCGACUCUCAAUUUCGUGUGAAGGUUUUCCUUUUUUUAAGUUCUUUUCUAUGUGAUUAGUCAGAGAGCCUAGUAUUAAUAAACCUCAGACGCGACGAAGUGUAAAACUAACUUUCAUACAUACACAGGUGCUCGCGCGUGAUUUCCUCGAUAUUUAUUUGUUUAUUUGCUUAUCAGUAUUUUCUCGGAUAAUAAUAACAAACAUGUUCCUCGAGAGCGAUGCCAAGACUUUUUGAGCGCCUCAGUAUUUAAUAUUGACGUUUGGUAUACUCGAUUAUUUAUUCGAAUUUUGAUGAUAUAAAUGCACCGAAGUUUAAAAAAUAUCUGCAUUUUUGUAUCCUGUAUGAAAAAUGCAUUUGCACUGGGAAUUGUGAAAGUAAAUAUAGCACGAAUUUUUGAAAUUUGCCGAAUGAAUGUUACGAAUAAACGUAUAUUUCUCAAAAUGACAA